CGGGCGCCGGGAUGCUCCGGGUCGCGCGCGCUCUGCCCCGCGGCCGCGGCCGGGGCUCGGCUUGACGGGGACCGCGGUGACCCGGGCCUGGCGCCGGCCCACGGCUGACGACAGCGGCGGCCCCGCCGGUUUCCAUGGAGACGGGCGGGCGCGGCGGCGGGGCUGUCAGCGCGCGCGGCGGCGGCGGCGGCGGCGGCGGGGCUCGCGCGUCCGCGGGGGGCUGCAGGAGGAAGGCGGCGGCCGGGCCCGGGGCCCUCGCGGCGGCCGACAUGGACUUGCCUCGCGACGGCGCCGCCGACACGCCGGCCGCCGAGCCGCCGCCGUCGGGGAGGAUCAACAAGGCGGCGUUCAAGCUGUUCAAGCGGCGGAAAGCCGGAGGCCCCAUGCCCAGCAUCUUCGGGGUCAAAAACAAAGGCGACGGCGGCAGGGGCCCGGCGCCCGCGGGCCUGGCGCGCAGCAAGACCCACGACGGCCUGGCCGAGGUGGCGGUGCUGGAGGGCGGCAGGAAAGACGAGCCGCGCGGCGGGGACGGCGGGGACGGCCCCGUGGCCAAGUCGCACAGCUUCCUGGCGCUGCUGCGGAGGAGCGCGCGGCCCGAGGCGGGGCGGCCGGGCGAGCCGGCGGCCGCGGGCAAGGCGGGCGGCAGACAAAAGCGCGGGCUCCGAGGGCUCUUCGGCGGCGUGCGCUGGCCCCGGAGGGACAAGCAGCGCGGCCCCGCGGCGGCGGCGGCGCCCGCGGCGGGCGCCCCGCGCGGCCUCGCCCCGCCCGGCUCGCUGUCCGCCAGCCUCGAGUGCGUGCCCGAGGAGCCGGGCCGGGCCCCGCGCUCGCCCGCGCCGCCGGGCCCCGCGGACGGCCCGCGCCAGCCAGCAGGCUGCGGCGAUGUCAUUGCAGAGCCCGAGGACGAGGCGGGCCCCAGCGGCCAGCAGCGCGCCCCCGGGCCGGGGAAGCCGCGCACGCUGCCCAAGACCCCCGGCGCGGCGGCCUUCCAGGGCGGCGGCGAGGAGAUGGCGAGCCCCGAGCAGGUGGACGACACCUGUCUGCAGGAGUUCUGGGACAUGCUGUCGCACACGGAGGAGGAGGCGGAGGCCGAGAGCCGGGGCGACCCGGAGCGGGAGGCCAAGGCGGCGGCGGCGGGGGCGGCCUCGGAGCGCCCCGGAGACGCGCGCGGCGCGGAUGCCCCCAAGGACCCGGCGGCGUCCAGCAAGCGCCGGAGGCUCAGCCGCGGCCCCGCGGAGCUCCAGCCCGGCGAGGAGCCCCCGACGCCCGGCGAGAAGCCGCCGCCGGGCGCCCACCACGGCGACGAGGGCCGCCGGGACUCCAGCCCGCCCGGGGGCCCCGAGGAAGACCCCGCGGGCGGCGCGAAGGGGUCCCCACCCCGGGACAGCAGCGGCGGCGACGCGCUCGACGGCCUCGACGGCGGCCCCGCUGCGCCCCCUGCCGACCACGACGCGGCGCCGAGCGCCGCCCGCCGCAAGCCCGGCUCGCCCGUGGCAGCGUCCGGCCCGCUGCGCACGCCGGGCAGCCUGCCCAAGGACUCCAGGAUCCCCAUCAGCAUCAAGCACCUCGCUCACCUGCCCGCCGCGCCCCCCGCCGCGCCCCCGCCGGCGCGGAGCGAGCUGCCCAGAACGAAAAUCCCCGUGUCCAAAGUGUUGGUCCGCCGGGUCAGCAGCCGCGCCUUGGCGGGGUCCACCCUCCGGGCCACAGCUUGUCACGACGGUGCCAAAAAGUUGUGAGCAUUCGGGAGGAACCACCGGGCCAGGAACGCGACGCUCCCCGCAAGCCGCUAAGAUGCGUCCCGCUUCCCCCAAGGAAAGGCGUUUGGGAUGGUCCUUCCCUGGCUGGAAUCUGGGCCCAGGGUGCCCGGGCGCC